AUGUCCUUCACCAACGCGCCCGUCACCCGCAGCCUCGUGUUUGGGCUUGCGUCAGCCUCCAUCGGCGCCAGUCUCCUUGACAUCAAGCACUACUUUUACAUCCUCGUGGACCCGCAAAUACUCCGGUACCACCAGACAUGGCGGGCACUGACGUAUCAGCUAUGCUAUACAAACUCCUCGGAGGUUUUGUUUGCAUGCAUGACCCUCUACCAGAUGCGCAUCGUUGAGCGCAUGUGGGGGUCCAGAAAAUAUGCGUCGUUCAUCGCCGUGACGUUCCUCAUCUCGGCCAUUGUGCCGCCGAUGCUGCUCUUUGUGCUCCGGGUUCUGACCAACGGGCGCGUCAACUACCUCCCUGCCGGCCCAACGGCCGUUGUGUUUGCCAUCCUUGCACAGUACUACUCGAUCGUGCCGCACCGGUACACCUACCGCGUGGCCUUCUCGUCCGGAGAACAACCGCCGGCCGGCGCCGACGACAGUUUUGUAGGCUUGACGCUCUCGGACAAGUCGUACCGCUACCUUCUCGCGGCACAGCUCGCGCUCUUCCAGUGGCCCGGGUCCAUCCUGGCGGCGGCCGUCGGCUGGAUCGUGGGCCACGCGUGGCGCAACGACGUCUUGCCCGGGCGCCUGUCUGAGUGGCGCGUACCCGGCUGGCUGGUCGGCCUGCGCACGCAGAAGCGUCGGGACGAGUUCGAGGGCCUGCGGCGGCGGCUCGAGGGCGAGAACGCCUCUGGCUCGGCUACGGGUGUCGACGGCGGUCAGACGGAGGGGCCAGCCGGUCGCCGGCGGCCCAUGGGACAGCAGAUAUUGGACCAGUUCCGCGGGCCGAUCUAG